AUGCAAGCCCUGAAACCUGAGAUCUGGUCAUCUGUUCAUCUACCUGAGCUGGAGCCCAUAGGGACGGAGGGAAGUGGGGGCAGAGUGACAACUAGCUGCCCUACCAGAGGACUAGACUGGAGGGAACAGGGCCUAAGUAACUGCCUGGAGCUACAGAAAUCCUGGGUGUAUGUUUCUACCCACAUUCCCCAGCCAGAGAGCAGUGCCAGAGCUGAAUCAGGACCUGGUUUGUGCCCUUUAUCAGAGAGCCUACAACAUUACCACUGUGGGACUUUUACUCAGGACUGGGAUGGGCCAGUACCGGACAAGACCUGGGGUGGACAUAUCACAGAAUGCACUGUGGAUGAUUUUGACCAUUGGUCAGGCCGUAUUGACUCAGCUGAUGAGCUGAGCUCCUCCUGUCAGUCUCCUGUCAGCAGUGAGGAGUUGUUUUCUCUGGGGCUGGAGGGAACACACAGCCCCCUAAGUCACUUGGAGACAGCACGGAUCAGAUGCACGCCUGGCAGAGAACGAGCUCGAGUCUGUACUCUCGUUAAGAAUGGGUGGUUACCCUUAAGAAAAAAGGGACUUCGAGUUCAUUUGCCAAACCUCAACAGUCUUCUAUACCAGAGACAAAUUGAACUCUGCAUCGACUCUAUCAGACGCAAACAUAAUAAGUGCAGGGAAGAUGAACUGAAGGUUAAAGUUGGAAAAAUACACAAUAACUGGUCGUUGUCCAUGAGUUUUCGGAAUAGGAGAUUCCCCUGCAGCCUUUCAACACCCAACAUCAACGAGACUUCCAGCAAAGUUGCCAUUCCUGCCUGGCUGCACAGGGAUGGCUCACCAUGGAGUGUUUGGAGGGGACAAGAGGUUGGUAUGGAGGGGCGAACCCUAGUCCCAUCGGGGCUAAACCGCUCUGGUGACUCCCUGAGAUGGGCUCCAACCCUCCAGAGGGCAACCAGUGUCCCAGAUGUCCUGGUAGGUGAAACGAAGGCAGGCUUCUCCUCCAUCACCAUCACGUCUCGGAAAGUCUCCAACACCCACAUUUACCAGUCACAUGGGACCCUGCAUCCCUACCCUCAGCCCCAGCCAGUCAGUACAGCCCGGACGCUGACCAAAAGCCCUGCCUUAUCCCCAGAGAGUACCAUGAGCUACAAAUCCGCUUUAGAAAUCCAGAGGACCUCUAUAUUGAAGGUACCAGAAGACAGGCAGGGCUCUUCCAUAUUUGACAGGGUCCUGAUGCGAGGGGCAGGCAGGAGGAGAGCUGGGCUGCCUGAAUAUAGAUACAGCUCCCCAGCAGGGGACAGGAGCCAGGACGCAGGACACUCCUCCAGGUCUCUGCCUCCACUGCACUCCUUUCGGUCCUGCCUCCACCUGGAGGUGCCUCUGGUGUCUUCCAGCUCUGUCUUGUUUCUGAACAAGUCACUCUCCAUCUCUCUGGGGCAGGCAGAGGACGGGAGUAGCAGGGUGCACAGGUCCACUCUGUCUCUAUAUGUGGGCAGGGCGCCCCACCACAGGUACCCUAAGACGAACCUCAAAACAGACUGUAGGAUAUCCAGAGUUAAGCAGGAAUGCAUACAGAAAUUGGACAACCAGAAGGCUGACUCGGGUCACAGCGGAGGCCACCCAUUACAGCAGUGGGGGUGUGAGGUCCUGAAAGCGACCUGUUCUGAUGGAGCUAACAGGCAGAGCACGGAUUCAGACACGCUGCACUCCACUCCAGGACUAUUGUCAUUCAGGGAACCAGGCCUCUCACACACAGGGGCCAGCUGGCAGAAUGGAAAUGCAGAUGAGAAGCGCUAUCCUCCCUUCAGCAAUUUCAGACACAGGCACCCUACUUGCAAUGUCAACCCAGGUGACUUCAGGACAAAGGGAAGACAGCCACAGAGUGAGGAGAGGGGAGAGAGGAUAGAGAGACUAGGUGGCUCCAUAAAGACUCCUCAUGUCAACAACCAUCCCAACGCACACACAAAGUCCGCCUGCUGCUCUUGCCCGAUGGCCAACAUAUCGCCUCUUGCAUCUAGGACCCUCAGCCUCAGAGAGGCUCUGGAGCAGUUCAGGCCAGACUUCAUCAGCCGCUCCCAGGGCAGGGUGAGGAGACUAGAGCAGAGAGCCAGGAGGAGGAGGGCCCUACAGGAUCCCAACCCAGACCUGGUGCAGGGGCUCUGGGGUGACAGGGCCAGACACAGGGGGGACAAUUACACCAAGCCCGAUCCACUCAGCGAUAACCUGUUUAGGCCGAGGGAAAGGUCCAUAUCAGACCAGGAGAUGCAGCUAAGGUCCAGACGAAUUUACAACAAGCUCCCAGAGGUCACAAAGAAGAAGGAGGAGGAGAAGAGGAGGGUAGUAUCACAAACUAACAGAUUGCGUGCUGAGCUCUUUAAGAAGAGACUUCUGGACCAACUCCUGCAAAGGUGAAGUGAUUUAAGGAAGGAUGCAAUUUGAGUGUGUCAUUUUAGCAUUCUUCAGCGUGUAUAUCCAAGAUUUUCUUCUACUGUGUCGGGAACUCCACCCAUGCCCUUGUCAUAUUAGGCUACAUGUAAGUCUGUGCUUACCCUGUGCAUGCAAUACCUGAAUGUUGUACUUCACCUUCACCUUGACAACAAGGUAUCUACUCUUGACAUGAACAGUAUAAAAUCAUAUGAAUGACAUUAUUCAUACUCACGUGUCACCAGGUUCUGAAAGGUGUAACUUAGAUACAGUGCUGAAUAGCUCAAUAAAAUGUACAGUACCUCUGAUGGCCAAACUGCAAUAUUUGUAUCUCUCUCACCCGGCUUUUACAGUUUUUAACCAAAGGACAUUAUAUUUUUCCUUUUUUUUAUUUGAAUAUAUUAAUCCGGUGAGAUAUUUUCAGAGGACAGUUUAAAUAAGGUAUGACAUAAAAAUAGCUGAAUGUUGCAUUAGCUGUUGAAAUUCUAAGGCAAUGUUUUAAUUCAUUUAUUCAUUCAAGCAAGAUUGAAUGAUUAGCAGCAAGAUAUAUUUUUUCCUUUAAUUAGCGUGAUGAAGUUCUUCUCUACUGAUGUAAUAUC